GGUUGGAUCAACAGGACCAUCUGCAACAUGUCAGCAGAGUUGCCUUGUGAGAGAGGGGCAUAGCAAACCGCGAGAAAUCUUGCCGCUGCGACGAGCAGACCCGAUCCGUUGAAGAGCCACAGAAAAGCGACCAUUAGGGGUAUUGCUCUUUUCAAGUCACAACUGGAGAAAGCAAGUGCGGUCAAAAGGCAAUUGACGACUGCACGCCGGAGUACUUCACUCAACGACACGCCAUCGCGGCCAAUGGCCGAACAUCAGAUGGCUAGCAGCUUGCGGUCCUUCCAAUAUCAAUCGCUAGAUCCAGAAAAGAAAGAAGUUCGACUCAUCGAAAUAGCACCUCUGGAGACAGAAGGCCUGGGGUCUACGGCGGACUUACCAGUUCGCUGUCGCCUGAAUCACGCCAGCCUCAACGAGGGGCAGUCCUACGUGGCGGUUUCAUACGCAUGGGGAGAUGCCGAGAUCACGAAGGACAUCCGAGUGGAGGACCAGUGGGUUCAAGUUACCACAAACUUAGAAGCAGCUCUGAGACGAUUGGCUUCUCGACGAAUUACCGAGAAUCUCGGAUCAACCUUUUGGAUCGAUGCCUUGUGUAUUGACCAGCAAAACGAAGCAGAGAAAGCCCAGCAAGUAUCUUACAUGAGAGAAAUCUACCGCAACGCUACAAAAACCUUCAUUUGGCUCGGCCUGGCAAGCUUGGACAGUGACCUUGCAAUGAAUACUCUUUUCGAAUUGAACAAUUUGGUGGAGUCGGGGGCUUUUGCUGUCAUGUCCUGGUCCGAAUUCCCCUUCACUGAGACCGCCGUGAAUCCGAUGGUGGACAAGGUCCAGACUAUGCUUAGAGGAAUAAUCGGAGAGCUUUGUCACAACAAGUCUGCAAGAUUAAACGCCAUCGGCUCUUUGUUCGAGCGAGCCUGGUUCGAGCGUGUCUGGGUGAUACAGGAACGCGUGCUGUCAAAAGACUGUGUGGUCUGUUGCGGUGAUACCUGGACCUCUUGGGAUGCAUUCUACAACGGAUUCUGGGUGCUAUGCGGCGUGCGCGACUAUCUGAACAUCGUCGGCUCGGGCACGGGGAUGCGAGACAGCUCUACGCUGGUGACUUUUCUCACAGCGGCUCUCGAUAGGGUGACUCCCGUUGCCUUCACUCGCCCAAACUGCUCGCUAUUCACCCUUUUCUCCUUGCUCUCAAGAAUGGCAAAUAAAGCUCAACUCCAGGCCUCCGAUCAACGAGACUACGUCUUCUCUCUGUUGGGUCUGAUUACCUCUGAUUUGAGCCCGUCAAUUCCAGUCCAGUACAACAAAGAUUGGCAAACGACUCGGACGGAGGUAGCUAAAGCCUGUCUGAUCUACUAUGGCCCAAGAAUGCUAUCAUUUGCAGGGUUUGGGGGUGUUCACACUUGUCCCGCAAGUAUGGUAUAUCAAAGCAAACCGUCAUGGGCACCCGACUGGUCCUCGAAAUUUCUGGCGCAGCCGUUACACGUUCCAUCCAUUUUCAUAGUGCGAGGCCAAAACAAAGAAAGAGCAUACACGGCCUCCGGAUUACUCUCUCAGUCUCUCUCAGCGGCAUUCUCGGACGAGAAUCGGUUCAUUACGAACUCGCUAUCGUUGAAGGCUAUGAAAGUCGGCAAGAUCGUCAAACAAGGAGAGCCUUUCGUAAGAUUGAAUGGGUUGAACGCGGGUGAGGCAGAUGGGCUUCAACAGUCAUUAUUGCUCAGAUGGCUCGAUGAUCUUGGUUCCACAUUGGCAGGAAUUAAUGCAGUCUACAAUACCGAUGAAGCACUGAGAGAGGCGUUGUGGAGAACACCAAUCGCUGAUCGAGAGUUUGCAUUCAACUGGGAGACGGAAAGGGCAUCUGGUGAAAUGUUCAUGUCAUACCAAGCUUUGCGACAAGGGAAACACUUCGAGGGCAUGAAGUACAUGAAUGUUGCACUUGCCAAACUCAUCGGGAGACGCCCCUUCGUAACUGACGGAGGAUAUGUCGGACUCGCGCCAAUGGCAGCAUCAGUGGGCGAUCAUGUGUGGAUAAUUAUUGGCGCAGACGCACCGUUCAUCACUUCGACUCGCUCAUGUAUUUGGACUGGAUAUUCCCAAAUUGUUGGCGAGGCGUACGUUCAUGGUAUAAUGGAUGGCGAGCUCUUGCAGGGGACCAUUGAGCUACAGACACUUGAUCUAACGUAGAUCGAUACUUCCUCAUCACAAGAUACGUG